AUUGGUAUUCAGCUAAAAAACCUGGCUUUAAGAAAAAGCCAGCCCGUAUUGCCAAAGGAACUUUUGGCUAUCUGUUUUUAUCACGAUGGUGCUACUAAAUAUUAUUAUUCUACCUUGGGCAAGAAGACUGGGUGGCGUUCCUACGAUAAUACGAUGAAAAUGCUUUCACGACCUCUAAAUCCCUCAAUACAGGACACGACUCCCGAUUUUUUACUAAACCCCUCAAACCCCUCAAGAAAUUUAAGAAAUUUAGAAGGUAUUUUCCGCCAUCCCAUAAAAAUCGACCGCGAAUUACGCGAAUUAAUAAUAAUUCCAGAAAAAGAUACCACUCCGACUUGGAGUGGUAUAAUUAAAAAUAACACUUUAUUUUUGAGAGUCUCUUCUUUGGAAUAUGACUCUCUAAAGGAGAGCAUUGUUGCUGUUAUCGAGCUGGCCGAAGAAUUACUAAAGUGUGAUACUUUAGUAAUAUGCCUUGAUAGGAAUGACAAAAAUUCCAGCCUUUCUACAUUAAUUCGAAGCUUUUUUUAUUUUGGCUUCGAGCUCGUGCCCCCUGGCACGUAUAAUCAUUCCAACGAGUUCAUUCUUGUUGGAAUGGAGCUCUAAAAAGAUCUAUUGAAUUUUUUUACUGAUCUAUUACGAUUAAAUAAGUAUUUUCAAAUUAAAAUAUAUAACAUAUAACGUAUAUAACAAUUGUAAAUUAUUAUAAUUUUAUAAUAAAUAAAUCAUAUUUUUUUACACGGUUAAAUAUAAGAAUAAAAUAUUCCCG